AGGGCGGAGAGGCACUAGUUUGCGUCGAGAAGAGCGGUAGUGAGCGUCGCGGCGUUUGAGAAAUCUUUGAGUUGAGGCGUCAUAAGUUGCGGAGAUGCAGAUCUUUGUGAAGACUCUCACUGGCAAGACCAUCACACUUGAAGUUGAGCCUUCAGAUACAAUUGAAAAUGUGAAGGCCAAGAUCCAGGACAAGGAGGGCAUCCCUCCCGAUCAGCAGCGUCUGAUCUUCGCCGGAAAGCAGCUGGAAGAUGGUCGGACCCUCUCGGACUACAACAUCCAGAAAGAGUCUACCCUUCACCUGGUUCUCCGGCUACGUGGUGGUAUGCAGAUCUUCGUGAAGACGCUGACCGGCAAGACCAUCACGCUCGAGGUCGAGCCCUCCGACUCGAUCGAGAACGUCAAGGCCAAAAUCCAGGACAAGGAGGGCAUCCCUCCCGAUCAGCAGCGUCUGAUCUUCGCCGGAAAGCAGCUGGAAGAUGGUCGUACCCUCUCCGACUACAAUAUUCAGAAGGAAUCUACCCUUCACCUGGUUCUCCGGCUACGUGGUGGUAUGCAGAUCUUCGUGAAGACGCUGACCGGGAAGACCAUCACGCUCGAGGUCGAGCCCUCCGACUCGAUCGAGAACGUAAAGGCCAAGAUCCAGGACAAGGAGGGCAUCCCUCCCGAUCAGCAGCGUCUGAUCUUCGCCGGAAAGCAGCUGGAAGAUGGUCGGACCCUCUCGGACUACAACAUCCAGAAGGAGUCGACCCUUCACCUGGUUCUCCGGCUGCGUGGUGGUAUGCAGAUCUUCGUGAAGACGCUGACCGGGAAGACCAUCACGCUCGAGGUCGAGCCCUCUGACUCGAUCGAGAACGUCAAGGCCAAGAUCCAGGACAAGGAGGGCAUCCCUCCCGAUCAGCAGCGUCUGAUCUUCGCCGGAAAGCAGUUGGAAGAUGGUCGGACCCUCUCUGACUACAAUAUUCAGAAGGAGUCUACCCUUCACCUGGUUCUCCGGCUGCGUGGUGGUAUGCAGAUCUUCGUGAAGACGCUGACCGGUAAGACCAUCACGCUCGAGGUCGAGCCCUCCGACUCGAUCGAGAACGUCAAGGCCAAGAUCCAGGACAAGGAGGGCAUCCCUCCCGAUCAGCAGCGUCUGAUCUUCGCCGGAAAGCAGCUGGAAGAUGGUCGGACCCUCUCCGACUACAACAUCCAGAAAGAGUCUACCCUUCACCUGGUUCUCCGGCUGCGUGGUGGUAUGCAGAUCUUCGUGAAGACGCUGACUGGCAAGACCAUCACACUCGAGGUCGAGCCCUCCGACUCGAUCGAGAACGUCAAGGCCAAGAUCCAGGACAAGGAGGGCAUCCCUCCGGAUCAGCAGCGUCUGAUCUUCGCUGGAAAGCAGCUGGAAGAUGGUCGGACCCUCUCCGACUACAACAUCCAGAAGGAGUCUACCCUUCACCUGGUUCUCCGGCUGCGUGGUGGUAUGCAGAUCUUCGUGAAGACGCUGACCGGGAAGACCAUCACGCUCGAGGUCGAGCCCUCCGACUCGAUCGAGAACGUCAAGGCCAAAAUCCAGGACAAGGAGGGCAUCCCUCCCGAUCAGCAGCGUCUGAUCUUCGCCGGAAAGCAGCUGGAAGAUGGUCGUACCCUCUCGGACUACAACAUCCAGAAAGAGUCUACCCUUCACCUGGUUCUCCGGCUACGUGGUGGUAUGCAGAUCUUCGUGAAGACGCUGACCGGGAAGACCAUCACGCUCGAGGUCGAGCCCUCCGACUCGAUCGAGAACGUCAAGGCCAAGAUCCAGGACAAGGAGGGCAUCCCUCCGGAUCAGCAGCGUCUGAUCUUCGCCGGAAAGCAGCUGGAAGAUGGUCGGACCCUCUCCGACUACAACAUCCAGAAAGAGUCUACCCUUCACCUGGUUCUCCGGCUACGUGGUGGUAUGCAGAUCUUCGUGAAGACGCUGACUGGCAAGACCAUCACGCUCGAGGUCGAGCCCUCCGACUCGAUCGAGAACGUCAAGGCCAAGAUCCAGGACAAGGAGGGCAUCCCUCCCGAUCAGCAGCGUCUGAUCUUCGCCGGAAAGCAGCUGGAAGAUGGUCGGACCCUCUCGGACUACAACAUCCAGAAGGAGUCUACCCUUCACCUGGUUCUCCGGCUGCGUGGUGGUAUGCAGAUCUUCGUGAAGACGCUGACCGGCAAGACCAUCACGCUCGAGGUCGAGCCCUCCGACUCGAUCGAGAACGUCAAGGCCAAGAUCCAGGACAAGGAGGGCAUCCCUCCGGAUCAGCAGCGUCUGAUCUUCGCCGGAAAGCAGCUGGAAGAUGGUCGGACCCUCUCGGACUACAACAUCCAGAAGGAAUCUACCCUUCACCUGGUUCUCCGGCUACGUGGUGGUAUGCAGAUCUUCGUGAAGACGCUGACCGGGAAGACCAUCACGCUCGAGGUCGAGCCCUCCGACUCGAUCGAGAACGUAAAGGCCAAGAUCCAGGACAAGGAGGGCAUCCCUCCCGAUCAGCAGCGUCUGAUCUUCGCCGGAAAGCAGCUGGAAGAUGGUCGGACCCUCUCGGACUACAACAUCCAGAAGGAGUCGACCCUUCACCUGGUUCUCCGGCUGCGUGGUGGUAUGCAGAUCUUCGUGAAGACGCUGACCGGGAAGACCAUCACGCUCGAGGUCGAGCCCUCUGACUCGAUCGAGAACGUCAAGGCCAAGAUCCAGGACAAGGAGGGCAUCCCUCCCGAUCAGCAGCGUCUGAUCUUCGCCGGAAAGCAGUUGGAAGAUGGUCGGACCCUCUCUGACUACAAUAUUCAGAAGGAGUCUACCCUUCACCUGGUUCUCCGGCUGCGUGGUGGUAUGCAGAUCUUCGUGAAGACGCUGACCGGUAAGACCAUCACGCUCGAGGUCGAGCCCUCCGACUCGAUCGAGAACGUCAAGGCCAAGAUCCAGGACAAGGAGGGCAUCCCUCCCGAUCAGCAGCGUCUGAUCUUCGCCGGAAAGCAGCUGGAAGAUGGUCGGACCCUCUCCGACUACAACAUCCAGAAAGAGUCUACCCUUCACCUGGUUCUCCGGCUGCGUGGUGGUAUGCAGAUCUUCGUGAAGACGCUGACUGGCAAGACCAUCACACUCGAGGUCGAGCCCUCCGACUCGAUCGAGAACGUCAAGGCCAAGAUCCAGGACAAGGAGGGCAUCCCUCCGGAUCAGCAGCGUCUGAUCUUCGCUGGAAAGCAGCUGGAAGAUGGUCGGACCCUCUCCGACUACAACAUCCAGAAGGAGUCUACCCUUCACCUGGUUCUCCGGCUGCGUGGUGGUAUGCAGAUCUUCGUGAAGACGCUGACCGGGAAGACCAUCACGCUCGAGGUCGAGCCCUCCGACUCGAUCGAGAACGUCAAGGCCAAAAUCCAGGACAAGGAGGGCAUCCCUCCCGAUCAGCAGCGUCUGAUCUUCGCCGGAAAGCAGCUGGAAGAUGGUCGUACCCUCUCGGACUACAACAUCCAGAAAGAGUCUACCCUUCACCUGGUUCUCCGGCUACGUGGUGGUAUGCAGAUCUUCGUGAAGACGCUGACCGGGAAGACCAUCACGCUCGAGGUCGAGCCCUCCGACUCGAUCGAGAACGUCAAGGCCAAGAUCCAGGACAAGGAGGGCAUCCCUCCGGAUCAGCAGCGUCUGAUCUUCGCCGGAAAGCAGCUGGAAGAUGGUCGGACCCUCUCCGACUACAACAUCCAGAAAGAGUCUACCCUUCACCUGGUUCUCCGGCUACGUGGUGGUAUGCAGAUCUUCGUGAAGACGCUGACUGGCAAGACCAUCACGCUCGAGGUCGAGCCCUCCGACUCGAUCGAGAACGUCAAGGCCAAGAUCCAGGACAAGGAGGGCAUCCCUCCCGAUCAGCAGCGUCUGAUCUUCGCCGGAAAGCAGCUGGAAGAUGGUCGGACCCUCUCGGACUACAACAUCCAGAAGGAGUCUACCCUUCACCUGGUUCUCCGGCUGCGUGGUGGUAUGCAGAUCUUCGUGAAGACGCUGACCGGCAAGACCAUCACACUCGAGGUCGAGCCCUCUGACUCGAUCGAGAACGUCAAGGCCAAGAUCCAGGACAAGGAGGGUAUCCCUCCCGAUCAGCAGCGUCUGAUCUUCGCCGGAAAGCAGCUGGAAGAUGGUCGGACCCUCUCCGACUACAACAUUCAGAAAGAGUCUACCCUUCACCUGGUUCUCCGGCUGCGUGGUGGUAUGCAGAUCUUCGUGAAGACCCUGACCGGCAAGACCAUCACGCUCGAGGUCGAGCCCUCCGACUCGAUCGAGAACGUCAAGGCCAAGAUCCAGGACAAGGAGGGCAUCCCUCCCGAUCAGCAGCGUCUGAUCUUCGCCGGAAAGCAGCUGGAAGAUGGUCGUACCCUCUCCGACUACAACAUCCAGAAGGAGUCUACUCUUCACCUGGUCCUCCGGCUGCGCGGUGGAAUGUGAUAUGUUUUGUUCUGUGAUGCUAAAUAAACACAUGCUUCUGUAAAUGUUUUUAUCCGUUUCAUGGAUAUCCGGUACCAUACAAAUCCAUUAAGUUUCGAAAUACACACACCAGGUCAA